AUGGACACGGGAAGCACAAACGUCCUUCCGGUCGUGGGCAUGGGCUCGAUGGCACAGUCGGCCGGCCUUUUGGAGAUUGCCGUCCGUCUUUGCUUGAACCAACGCAAACACUUGUGUCCACAUCUUUGGGUGCCGAUCCUGAAACCGCUACGCCCGUGCAUCCGGCCUUCAAGUCCCGUGCAGGAACCCGCUGACCUCCUGCUUGACCUCAGCCCGCCUUUCUCCGACCUCCUGUAUGAGGAUGAGGAUGAUGAGAGGCUCUUCCCUGUCAAGAACAAACGUGUGGUUUUCGCUGAUUCCAAGGGUCUGUCUCUAACAGCGGUGCGACUCUUCUCUGAGGAGGAGGAUCAGCGUGACCUGGAGCUGAUGCCGUCGCUGCAAGGUUUAGGUGUGACGACUGAGGACGGCUACAGCUGCACCGUCAGCACCUGCUGCCCGGGAACACAGUUGAAACUUGGCUUCCCGCUUCCCUCUGCAAAUUUCCAAGCCUUCCGCGCGAAGCUGGCCGAGAGCAUGGUCAUCCUGGAGAACUGCUGCGUCAACGAAUUCAGCCUCACCGGCACAGCGCGAGUCCGAAAUCUAAGCUACCACAAGGAGGUGAACAUGCGGAUUACCUUCGACUCGUGGCAGAGCUACAGAGACGUGCCUUGCUCGUACGUCCAGAAACGCUACGGAGGACCUCAGACGGACAUCUUUGAGUUUGACCUUACCAUCCCCAAAGUCCUGGAUGCCAAGAGGAGGAUCGAAUUCUGUCUGAGUUACCGUCCAGGCGGGCAGGCUCAGACAUUUUGGGACAACAACGGCGGACGAAAUUACAGCAUCACCGUGUGUGUUCACUCACACCUCUGCCACAGGAGGAAUCUGAGGGAAAGGUCUCCCAGAUCAGACAUGGUCCACAUUUGACUUCACUUCACAACUGGACAUAAACAACACUCACAUAAAUGCGUUUCGAAACAUUUUUUAUGCAAAAUUGGGUUGUAUUUCAUCUGAUUUGUCACGCCCAUGUUGUGCGUCGCUGUGCGUCAUAGGAGGGAUCCCUCUCCCUCUGGACGUGUCAGGAAUUCCUGAAUAUGCCAGAGGUCGCACUGACUACGACGCUAAGCUUAGCUGUUUAUAGAGCUGACACGGUCCCCUCUCCACACAAUACUAACACUUUUAGUGGUCCAAUAUAAAGCUUUCAUUCAAAAAUAGAGCUCUUAGAACAUAGCACUAUUGCAUCUGUCUUCAACCCCCGGCUGUUCGACUUGGCUGGGAUUUCUUCCAUUUAGAAUUUUCACAUCGUCUGCGAGUUUUAUCGCACGCCAAAGCAUGAGGACUCUAAUAAUUGGAAGCAGCGGGGGGGGGGGGCUUUCAGGACAGUGAGUCAGUGAGUCCUGCGCCACCAACCACUUGCUGCUGCAGUGUUUUCUCAUUCCUCCCACUGCCUCUUCCCGUUGGCAGCUCUCAUUAUGUUUGAUUUCUUUUAGGAGGUUUGAAGUGGCUCCGUGAGAAAUGAAAGCUUCGUAGUGUUGUUUUUUUUAAGAUGAUGGCCACACUGCUGCUGCUUUUUUAAAUAAACCUUUCAAAAGAGGGGCCUCAGUGUGAUUCCAUGCCAAAUAAGACAAUUACACACAAACAUAAACACAAACAAAAAUAAAAAAUAGCUGGAUUACAAAUAGCUUAUUGUUAAAAACUAGCACCGAUAGGAAUGUAAUUUUUUUUAGUGAUCAUAUAUU